AUGGAAGCCCAGCAAGACGACUCAGCCCCUGAAUGUGACAUGCAUGCCAGCAUGAUGAGCCUGCACAGUGCGCGCAGUUCGAGGGCAGGCAGCAGCGUCACCCUGCAUGAUCCCAUGACUCAAUCGCUCUACGGUCGAGCGAUUGUCGACACAGUGAUGCAGCCACAGAUGGUCAGCUAUGGGGACGCGUCAGAUGAGGAGCGCCUUCCACCUCCACGAGAUCCUCAGUCAUUACGGGUUUCCAGGCUCAGUCUGAUGAGCCAAUCGGUCCAUCCAUCGUUGAUGACCCAAUCGAUAUAUGAGCCAGCAACCGAGGAUCGAGAUGAGGAAUGGGCCGAUUUUAGGUUAGUGACAAACCGCUCUCUCUACGCUUUGUGUUUUUUCACAAAAAUACCGGCAUCAGAACUGAAAAUAGUCGGAAUCAGCCAGGUAUGCUUCAGCCUUGAAGAAGACAGUCGGCCAAUGUCAAUGGAUGCGAUAGCGAGCCGAAUGUCCAUGUCGAUGCAUGAAGCACGACCACGUCCUGCCACCAGUUCGUACAGUCGAAGUGUCAGUGCUCCACGAAGACGUCUUCAUCUUCGAAAAGAAACAUCACGUAGUCCUGCUCGGGACAUGCGUACUGAAAAAAUCAUGUCGGCAGUGUCUGUCCUGCUUGACGAGCUGGACGCCGAUGGUCUGCGCGCCGUCAUCGAACACGCUCAGGACCGCAUGAAGAAACGAUGGUGA